CUUCAUAUCUAACAUAAAUUUACAUAGAUAGACAACUCUUUCUCCAUAGAAGACAAUAAGGAGUAUAUGAGAAUGGUGUCUUCCAAUUCUUUUUUUAUUACGAUUUGCAGGUUUCAUUAAAUGUGAUAUUUUGAGGACCUCGUCACAUAGCCACCGGUUCUAGUCAACAGUCGCAGGGUUUCGGAAAAUGAGCACGAGCCUUAUGGUCGCAGAUUCCAUCUGGAAUGACAUUGAGUCAACUCGGUCAGUGAUUGAUGACCAUCUCUCCACAUUGCAUUUUCUUUUUGGGAAAAAUUUCGAGCGUGCAGCGAGGGUAGUGGAUCAGAGAGGAGUCAAACGAAUCUGCGGUCAACCCAGCGGGCGUUCCAUUUUUCAGGUCGUUGGAGAGUCAAGGAAGAAGGAUGAGUAUUUGUGCUUCCCGGAGCAUUAUUGUGCUUGCUAUUCUUUCUUUUACGACGUCGUGAACAGAGCGGAACAACUCUGUGUGAGAAUUCAUUGAACUAGUGACUUUGGUCCAGCUGCCCCCUUCUCAAUUUGUUAUCUGAACCGUUAAUAGACUGCAGUGUAAGCAUCAGAUUGCUGCAAGACUUGCAAAUUCGCUAGGAGCAUGCAUUGAUGUUAUGGUGUCUGAUGAAGAGCUGGCUGUGUUGCUAUCCCAACUUUAAUGGACUGGUCCACUUAUUAUCUUCUUUAUGAUAUAUGCCAAACACAGGGAUGGUUCAUGGUUCAGAUAUUGAUGCCUUGGAACAUGUAAAUAAUCAGCUUUGCCCAAAACUAAGGUUUGGAUGGAUGGUUUUGGAGGGGUUUAGAGAGGAACGCUUUGAUUUUUUUAGUCUAUAUCUUAAUAUGCAUUUGAUAUUUUAUAGAAAUGGACGAUUAACAUAAUAUUUGAUCAUAUAACAUUUGGAUCAUCUUUUAUAUGUUUUCAGAAACUAACUAUUUAUCAUGAUAUGGACUUAGCCGUCUAAAUUCUUUCCAUCCUGUCGGACCCUAAGGGCCCGUUUACUUAUUUCUCUAGUUUUAUGUCUUUGUUUUCUG